GGUCCUAUUCCCGUUGCCCAGCACAUCCCCCCCAUUACUCAGAUUUGUCACUUUCGCUUGCGGGCAUCACGCAAAUCACCAAACCACAAAACUCAAAUGGCUCCUACUCGUCCGCAAAGCCAAAUCAUUCCUAUUGUUGAGAACGGGAAUGGGCCAAUAACAGACCGAUAUUCUGAAUCUUCGUUGGUGAUUGACAAUAUUUUGACGACCAAGGCUUUUGAUGGACGGCUGUGCAAGGCUCUGGGUGUUCGCAUGGUAACAAACCCCUUGAUUGUAGCAUUAGCCCGCAAUGCCGGGUUUGAUUGUCUCUUCAUCGACCUGGAACAUUCCUCCCUCUCCCUCGCUGAAGCAAGCGCCAUCUCCUACACUGCUACUCUGACGGGUAUAAUGCCUUUGGUUCGUCUGCCUUGGCAGUGCGGUUCUGGUUAUGUCCAGCAAGUUCUGGACGGUGGUGCAAUGGGAGUUAUCUUCCCGCACAUAGUUACGAGAGAAGAUGCAUACGCAGCCGUCCAGCAAUGUAAAUUCCCACCAUGGGGCAAACGUUCAAUGUGGGGUCAACAACCCGUCCUUGGGAUGCGACAAACGCCACUCCCUAUUCUAGUGGAAACCUGCAAUGCGAAAGGCUCUUCGGUAUUAGUGAUGAUCGAAGCUUUAAGCAGCCUCAAAAACCUCGAGUCCAUCGCCGCCGUGGAAGGUGUCGAUACGUUGCUCGUUGGUUGUCUAGACUUGUCAACUGAUAUGGGCAUCCCUGGUAACUUUGACAGUGAGUAUUUCCGAUCUGCUUUGAUAGAUGUCAGUCAGGCGUGUCGGCGUCAUGGGAAGGUGAUGGGUUUGGCGGGGAUCUAUAACAAUCCUUCACUUCAGAGCUGGGCAAUUAACGAUUUGGGCGUGAGGUUUAUGCUGUGCCAGCAGGAUUCAAAUCUUAUUGCUUCUGCUGCGAAGGAGUGUGUGGCUGCUGUGGUGAGGGUGGAUGGAGGACAUACUCAUAUGGAAGUGGUGUCUCCGCGGCAGAAGUAAUGUCCAUAGCGUUUUGGUUUUUGGGAAAGCGUUGGAGAAAGGUGCAUGUUAGUGUUAUGAUAAUCAAACCCAUUUUUAGAACGUUAACGUUUCUGAAUGAUGUACUACGAUCUCA